UAAAAUGAUGACAAAUAUAAAAAAGGGAUAAAAAUAUUAUCAUUGUCUUCUUUUUAGUUUCUGUGUAAUAAAAUAUAGAGGGAGAAGGGAGGAGGAAAGUUUUUAUCAUUUGUAUUUUAGCUGGCCCAUUAGCUUAGCUAGACGGGGGAUUGCAACAAUCCAUGAGCACCACCCUCAAUUGUUUCAUCUUAUCUUGUUCGAAACCACCACCUUAAUCUUCCCCGCCGGGAAAUGAAUAGUGGGGAGCCGGCGAGGAGGAGGAAGGUGAUGGAGGUGGCUGUUGUUGAUUGGUAGGGGAAAGAGGGCCGGUGGAAACCAAGGAGCAGGAGGUCGAGAGAGUGAGAAGGGAAGCCGGAGGCAAGCAAUGGAAUUCGAAGAGCAGGAAGAUCAGGAAGAGGAGGAGGAGGAGGAGGAGGAGGAGGAGAUCAGCUUGCCGGCAGCAGGGAGUUAUGAAUCCCUAGGGAACGCGCCGGCGCCGGUGACUGCGAGGGUAAAGAUGAGUGGUGAGACGGGGAAGAAGCCGGUGAGUCGCUACCGCGAGUGCCUCAAGAACCACGCGGUGAGCAUCGGGGGCCACGCCGUGGAUGGGUGCGGGGAGUUCAUGCCCGCCGGGGAGGAGGGAACGCUGGACGCCCUCAAAUGUGCGGCGUGCAACUGCCACCGGAACUUCCACCGCAAGGAGACGGAGGGGGAGGUGGCGGCUGUGUUCCACCACCACAGCUCGCAGUUCUCUCCUUAUUACAGGCCGCCACCGACGCCGACGGCGUACCUGCACAUGCCCCAUCGGACGCCGUUGGCUCUGCCGUCGACUUCUGGAGGGGGAGGUGGUACAGCUGCUGCUGCGGCUGCCGCCGGCCAUGCUAGGGAUGAUCAGGACGACGUUUCCGGGGGUACCGGUGGGAGCGCCGGCCUUCCAAAAAAGAGGUUCCGGACCAAAUUCACGCAGGAUCAGAAGGAGAAGAUGCUGGCCUUCGCGGAGAGGUUGGGCUGGAGGAUUCAGAAGCACGAUGAGGCGACGGUGCAGCAGUUCUGCAUGGAGACAGGCGUGAAGAGGCAUGUGCUCAAGGUGUGGAUGCACAAUAACAAACACACGCUAGGUAAGAAGAGCUGAUCGAUCGUCUGCUUGGCAGUCCGGGCCGCUUGGUCGAAGGAGGACAACGGUGUACCUUCUUCUCUGUGUUUCUCGACCCUUUGAUCCUUUCCUUCUGUAGGGAAGGAUUGAAAUAUGAUGAUCACGAGGCGGUUGAUGAUUCUAAGACGGAGAGUAGGGGGGGAGAGAGUGUGGUUCCUUUUAGGUUUUAGGCUAUUAGUUUUUCAAGGCUUGUUCGCCAUCUGCUGCCCACCAUCCAGCUUAUUUUUAUGCGUACUCUUGUUGUUUCACGUUAUUUAUCAUGUUUCCAGGAUUGGAUUCCCACGGA